GCCAAUCAAAGUGCCUUAAAAUUCAAAGAAGACUUUGAUGCCAACUCGAAAGAAAUCAAAGAACUAAGGAAAGAGAGUGGAAACUUUGAAAAUGUUAAAAAAGAAUUGCAACAAAUCAAAGUCCAAUUAGAAAAAGAAAAGAAGAUUACGAAAGACCUAUCUGCUCAGACGGUCAAACUCAAUUCUCUAGUUAAAAUUGGUCAGGAUGCAUUGCGUGCUGAACAGGAAACAGUUGAGAAGCUGCAGGCUCAGCUUCGGAGCUUAGAGAAUAAGAAUCUGAAUGGACCGGGUGCGUCCCAGAAUGCGGAGAGUGAAGUAAGUAUAAAUACUAAUAUGUUUAUCUUUCUCGAUAUCCUAAAGCGCAUUCCAAAUCUGCAUGAUACUAUCCGUUGAUGUCUGUAGAUUGUGAUGCGUUGUCUGAACCCACAUUAGCAACAUUUUGCCAGCUUUAUGCCCAAAAUUUCUUGGAAUUUAGAUUGUUUGAUAUGCUUUGCAUAGAUUUACAGACAAAACUGUGCUAUGCUUUAGAGCAGUGGUUCCCAAUUAGUUUUUCCUGCGUACUACUUCAAGAAAGAGCUCAAGCUCGUGUACCCUUAUAGCAGAAAUUCAUAUUAAUCCA